CCCGCCGCCGCCGACGCCGCCCGAUCAGUCGUUAUCUUGGACCAGCACCGCGCCGACGUCAAUCACUCGCCAUCGCACCAUCACGCUGCAACAAAACCGCCGUGUAAAUUAAACACGUUACCGAUAAUUCGGUCGGCCGUUUCACGCGUUAUCGCCCCGUUACGUUUCGCGUCGCGCGUUUCGUAUUUAUUUAUUUAUUUAUUAUUUUAUUUUCGUCUCGCGAAAAUGGCGAACAACAGAGCCACCAAGUCCGGUUUCGCCGCCGAAGCGCAACGCAAAGUGAGUGGUAUUUCGGUAUUUGUAUAACGAUAAUAUUAUUAUUCCGCAACAAGUUUCUGUUAUUCCCCGUUUUUGUUUUUUAUAAUACAGCGCACGCCUCGUGUAUUCGGGCGGGUACAAUUAUUAUUAUUAUUAUUAUUAUUAUUAUUAUUACUAUUGUCGGCGUCGGCAACGUACAGCUGCUAGGCUAUUUGCGACCGACGGGUCGCGCAGCCGGCACCUGUUGGUCUAUCUAUACAUUAUUUCACCGUUUCGUAAUAUUGUUUAUGAUUUAAGUCAAUUUGUAUUUAUGAACGCGGUCGAUUUCCGUUUACGUACGAGUAAAAAAUACAAUGUCGAUGAAGACCCCGGAUGGGGUUGAUAACAAUCGUGUAUCGAACCGGCCGAUUCGCCAUAGAAGCAGUAUCCUUCCUCCCGCCCACUCGCCGGUUUUAUUGGUACUAACCGUAGUUACCCGGUGCGCGCGGACCGUUUAACAGCGUGUUGAUUGGAGAAAGCGUCCCGGCGCAAUGUUUUCUCGUGCGUAUAGGUGCGCCUGGGCCCGGGGUCAAAAAGUCGUCCCACCCGCGCCGCGGAGUGUCCGUCGUGGCGACGGUGAUGAUGAUGAUGAUGACGACGACGACGCGGUCGGAAACUAUUAUAUUGGUUUGCGCGACGCGAUACCCAACCGGCCGGGCACCGCCGCACGUCCGGUUCGCCGCGCCGUAAUAAUAAUGCAGUCCUACGACGCGACAAGCGCUGCGAAAUGUCGCGUACCCCGUCGUACGGGUGCCGCGCCGUUGACGUGAGUAUCGCGCGGGGACAAGCGAUAAUGUUAUUACACAACACGUUAUCGUCUGAUCGCGGGCGUCGUCGGUCGGUCGCUCGCAACGAUAUUUUCGCAUGUUGAAAAUCUAUUAUUGUAAAUCGCAAUCAAGGCCGGUUUCGGUUGUGCGGCCGGCCGGAGUUCGAUUCGGACGCGCGACAAAAGAACCGGCGUCGGGCAUGACGAAUCCGUUGUUGUUUUCCGACCCGCGGACACCCGAACUACCGGCACUGACUGUACCGAAUUCCAAGGUCCCGACGAAUCCGUAGCGCGUAGGUAGCCGCGCGCGUACGCCACAGCGGGUACCGAACGUUUAGACGUCCGCGCCGGCGGCGGAUCUCCGGAUACCGCGGCGGUGGGUAAUCGACGAAAAUAAAUCAUUACAAUCUCGCGGCGGGAUCGCGUCGUCUCCGGAAACGUCGGGGAACCGAAGCGAUUUUUAUCCCCGCGGUAUAUUUGAAAUUAACGAGAAUUGCGAUUUUUUUUUUUUUAUCGAUUUCGAUAAGUGUAACUUAGACCGAUAUCAUUAUUGUUGCUGUUGAUCCCACGGAAGCGCCUUUAAAAUAGUUGUCACGGCGUUUCGCGUUUUCCAGUUUGCCACAGUAAACGUACGAUACGUGAAAACGCUUGGAAAAGUUACCGUAUUGAGUGCGUAACAAAAUAAUAUACCUAUACACGAGAAUAACAUACGCGAUAUUUGUCGAUAUUUAUGAAAGUGUACGAACUGUAAUGAAAAUAAACAUCGGUAGUGGAGUGGAGGGCCGGAAAAGAGACGGUCGGAUGUGAUCGAGAAUGAUAUUGGGCAUGGGGACGACCGGUGUAUGCGACGUGGGAGAUCGGGCCGAGAGGAAGUUUAGAACGAAGUUUAAAAUGGAGAUUGAAAUUCAAGUUCCGGAUUAAUUUCGUACGGAUUCCCGGACUAUUUCGGGGGCGUUAUUGCGAUAUUGCUGUCGGUUUGAACCGUCAUUUCGAGAGAGGGGAGAGGGGGGGGGACGAAGGACGCAAGUAUACUGUCCUGUGCGCGUUUCGUUUGUCAAUCCGCGCGGCCUCGUCGCGAUGUCGUCGUUGUCGUUCGCCCGUCCCGCCGGAGGAUUCGGCGAACGGCGGAAAAAGAUUGAGAAAAACGCAUAACGCCACCGGGGUAGAACGUGUGUGGCGAGGCAGUGCCGCGCUUGGCGCCAGAAAAAUGCAACUAUGAAAAUCACCCAACCCCCGUCUGCUGUUGGGGACGUUCGCUCGUGCGUUUGUCAUGAACAUAUUCAAUCGUGCCGGAGUUGACAAUUUGCAAAAGGCGCCCGGCGAGGUGGGCACCUCUCUCGCGCGCGCGCACCCCCUCCUCCCUCCCCAACCGCCACCGAGGCGCGGCCCCGUAGUGUAGACCGUACAAUUCAACUGAAAUAUUUGUCGGACCGCCGCUCCCGGGCCGAACCGAUUGAUUCGGUUUUUGUCGGGGAAAUUCGCUUGCGAGUGCGUUACGCGUGCGUGUAUUAUUUUGUUUUUUGUUGUUGUUUUUUUUUUUUUUUUCGCGUUUGUAACUGCGCGCGCUCGGUUAUAUUAUAUUAAUGGUAUUAUCGCCGACCGUGGCGUCACGUUACUUUUAAUAAUAAUAAUUGGACGCGAUGACGAAAAAAAAAACAAUUGUUAAUAAUAAUUUUCCGCGAACAAUAUGCUCGUAUUACGACACGUUUUUUUUUUUUUUUUUUUUGUCUCUCUUUCUUUUUUCACACUAUUAUUUUCUCGUUAUAAAAAUACCGUAUUUCUAUACACGGCAAAUAUUCGGUGGUUAUUUCUGUGUGCGGCGCCGCGACACGCUUUGUGCGCAACAAAAAUCCCGAACGCGCCCUACGAAAAAUUAAAAACGUACACCCGCUUAUAAAUCUAUUAUUACACGGACGACAGCCACGUGGUGCCGUAGAUUUAAAGAAAACGUUUUUUUUUUUUUGUUUUUUAUUAUUAUUAUUAUUAUUAUUAUUCAUACGGGGCUUUCAAUCUGUCAUAAGGCGGCACUCAUUAUGGCGGAAAGUAUUUUUUCGAACAGCUCAUAAAUAGCUCUAAAAAUGUUACAUUACCGUUGGUUUUUUUGUUAUUUUUAUUUUCGGGGGUGAAACCUUUUUUGAAUAUUUGAAUAUCAUUGAAUAUCAUAAUUACGCAGGACGGUAGUUGUGACUCUUGUGCCGUCGCCGUAAGCAUUUGCAAGUCGAUGUAAUUAUUUAGCGUGGGUGGUUGACCGGUUAUGUGUGGUGUCCGAACACGAUCGUGUUAUAGAAGCCAAUGAGUGUGUGUGCGUGUGUGUUCGAAAACGCCGAUCUCGCGACAAAUUAUUUAUAAUUGUAAUUUUAAACCGAUGGGGGCGGGGGAGCAUGUAACCCGCCUAGCCUCCUGCUGCUCACGCUGUUGCACGGGAUCGUGUGUCGCCGCCAAGAAAAUUGGCGGCAGGGUUUCGUCCCCGGCCGAUUGUCAUUGUUGACCGUAAUAUUAUUGCGUUUGCUUGCAUUUUCGUUGUCCAGUGUAAAGGAUGAGAAAAAAAAUACAAACCUAGUGGUCGGUAAUUAUGCAAACGUUAACGCCUGCGAGUGAUUUACAUGAGCGAUCGCGACGUUUUGGUGAUUUUAAACGACCGUUGGUCGAGAGGGGUCGCGUAUAAUGAACCGCCGUCGGAACAGCGUGUGAACUGUGGCGCAUCCAUUUACCGCUCCUCUUAUAAUAUUAUCCUGCAGUGUUAUCCUUAUGCUAAUAAUUCUGUCAAUAUUCAUUAUUUUUGUAUUUUUGUAUUUUUUUUUUUCAAUCGGAUUUUGUGCGAAGGGGGCACAUAAUAUGUAGCGAAUAAUUGCAAUUUUAUUUCCAUCCCUUCAUUUAAGGGAUGAAACGUACGAGAUAAGCAAUCACAAUCAGCGCGGCAAUUUCAUCACAUUUUCUAUUGAGUAUUAAUUGUUUGCGUGUGAAACCAUUUUUAAUAUGAUUGUACGAUACAUUAAAGUUUUUAGAAGAGUAUCUUUUCGAGAUUAUUUUGAACAUUUUUAAAAGUGGUAAAAUAAAGUUAUUUUUUUCAGUGAUUAAGGCAGUGCUUAGUCUUAGGAUUUUUAUUUACUCCCCGAAGUGCAUUUAAAAGUUUGUUUUUAUAUAAGUCAUAUGAACUUUAAUACUUAAACUCCAUCUUAAAAAAAAAAUUUGCACGAAGAAAAUUAAAUUGAGAAAAAAAAUUUAGCAGAGAAAUAACUGCAGAAAAACGCUGCACAAUCGCGUGGUGUGUAAGCAGAUAAACAAAAUGCUUUUAAAAUAUUUUGGAGAAAAAAUGUUUAAUUUUAGCUACCGGACGGUCCACAAUUAAAUAUGCGCGAUUCAGGUUUACAUAUACAAGGUAAAUUUGUAAAUUACACAAAUACCUAGUAGGAAUUCAAUUACUCAACGAUAAGGAAAAUUAUAUUUUUUGUAAAGUGCUCACAUUCGUGAAGCCAACUGCACUUUUGAUAUUUCCUACUACCCAAUUUAGGUUUUAUUGCCCGUUAUAAUAAGACCUGGAUUAAGGGAUGAAAAUAAAAAUAUAAUUUUUCUCUACAAAUAUGUCACCCUUAAAACCCUAUUUGAAAAAAAAAAUGAUUAUUGACAGUUAUUAGAGUAAGGAUAACAACUGUAGGAAGUGAACCUUGAAUACGUAGGCAUCCGAACUCGUUUUCAAAUUCUGUUCGAAAGUGAAACACUAUAGUACCAGCGAGUAUUUGUUGCGGUCUUGCAAUUAAAAGAAAUAUCGAACGUGUUGUUUCCAAAAAAAAAUAUAUAUAUAUAAGUAUCUAUUCUAGUUCUGAGCAUCAAAUCCGGAUCGAUCCGGAUUGAAACAAACGUUACAAUCCGUUUAAUCCUGACCGUUACUUUUAAUUCGGAUUGUGAAUACUAAUCCGGAUUAUAAAGUGUUUUAAAAAUUAUUAUUAUUUUUUUUAUAAUUUUUUUUCUAAUCUAAAUCUAUUUCUAGAAUUAUUUAUAUGGAUUAAAUGGAAUGAAUCCAAAUCCGGAUUAUGAAAUUAUGAUCCGGAUUCUGGAUGGGUCAACGUAUUGCUUAGCGCUAAUUUAUACCAGUGGUUCUUAACCGGUGUUCCGCAAAACACAGAUGUUCCGUGAACUUAGUAUAAGUGUUCCGCCAAAAUUUUAAAAUCGGUGAAAAAAAUCGAUAAAUAACAACGGAUCGAACUCCGGAAUAAAAUUGUCCGAAAUAACAAUAGAAGAAUUUUGAAUUUCCGUUCAAACCGAACUUAAAAUCAUUUCUUUUUCAAUUACAAUUGUAUUACAAUUUUCAUCAUCUUACUUGUUUAAGCUUGAAUUUUCAACAUUGACGAAUAUCAAGACAAAAAAAAAAUGAGAAAGGCUGAAAAAUAUAGAAGAGGAAAUGAGAGUGGCAAUAUCCUGCAUACAGCCGGAUAUUGAAAAUAUCUCUAAAAGUCAUCAGGUUCUAAUAUCUCAUACGAAGUAUUCCAUUUCAAACUGUUACAUUUCUUUGAACAUUCUUUAUUAUUUUAUUAUUUUUUUAGUGACUAACGUGGUAUGCAAACUGUUUUAUGCUAUACAUACACUGUUUAAUAUAUUAAAAAAUGUAUGUAAAUACAUUUUAUUUUACAGAUGUGUUCCGCGAAAACCUUAUAAAAUGUUAAGUGUUCCUUAAUUCGGUUAAGAACCACUGAUCCGUACGAAUAUUACGAAUAGUUACAGUGCGCCACAGUAGUGCACACCUAAAUAUCGCGUUGGCGAAUAUAACAAUAAUAUUUUAAACUCGACACUGGACUAAAUUAAGACUAAAUUCUUGCGUGUUGAUAAGAGAAUAUUAAGUUAAACGACCCGGCGCGCCAACAAAACAAUAACAAUUAUCACGAAAACAACGCCUUUUCGAACGGAGAGACGUCUGGACGGUGUACCUAUUAUAAUCAUAUUAGAGAAAUACUUUUUUUUUUCAUUACCAAUAUUAUUUGACGGAAAUGUGAACACGAUUAGUGACUUGAGUGUAACGUUGUAAAUAAUAACGUUUGAGACGGGUUAUUUUAUAUUUUAUAAUAUGAUAAACCACUACAAAUCCGUUGCUAUCUAAACCCACGGACGACUCGCUCCCUCCAAUCGACUAUCGAAAGGGUUCCAAUAGGUUUUGUACUUGCAGGUCGUGCCUAUAUAAAACGAAAGUUUUAACUUGUGCCACAAUUGAAAUACAUCAAUUGUUUGACAUAACACCGUGAUCGCGGAAAGAGAUGACGCGUAUGCUGGUGGCCAAAUGGGUUUCAUCGAGGAGCAGAAAAGAUUUCUGGAGGGCAUGACCAAAAAUCACGGCUCCGCGUCGCAGGUCACAAGUCACACCGAUUCGUCAACAGUGUGUGACCGGCGAAACGAACUUCGUUUAUUUUGUAAACCGCUUCCAAUUUUAAAGGGAAAUAAUCGCCGUUUACUAUCAACGAAUUUGUUGUGCGCAGUUUCGAUUUCGCGUUAUUCCGUUCACAUUUCAAUUACUAACCUAAGUCCGUGGGGUGCCGCCGUGUGAACGCUAGGUUAUCAAAAUUGUAACGAGUGUCACGAACUCCAACACCUUUCCCGUGCCCCCGAGAGAAAAAAUGUGUGUGUUUCGCAAGCAAAUACUUAGCUAGCUACGCAUUAAGACAUGUGCGAGACAUUGUUAUCGUCAGCAAUAACUAUGGUGCCUACUAUAUAGCCGCGGCAUAGAUAGGUUAUAACCGCAGUGGUUACGAUAGCGUCGAUGCUUAUUAUUACGAGUCAAAAAUAUUUUAGUAAAAUUACCCCCGAAAAAUGUUCCCCCGGGCACCCGCCGCCGCAUUACACGUGACGCCGUAGACAGGCCGGAGAAAAAACGCGACUGAAUAUUGUACGUCUGGACGAUUUUCUUCUCGUACAGACGGAUGUCAGCACGAGAAAUGUACACCGUAGGUGUCCGUGUAUGAUUUUUUUUUUGUUCACGUGUCCGUCGCCCAACAACAACAAAAAUAAUAAUAAUAAUAAUAAUAAUUUAAUAUUCUUCUCGUACGUUCGGUGCUCGUGUGUGCGCGUGCGUGAUAAUACGACUGUGUAUAAUUGUACAGGUAAAAAUGUAAUAAACGUGUUGCACACACAUUAUCCGGCCAUUAAGUAUUGAAUGACUCCCGCAUACCGCUCGGUCGGUAUAAAAUGUCUGUUAUUCUGUCUUUUCGGAUGAUAUUCGUCGCCGCGCAACGGACACCGAACCGGUUUUUCCUUCCAACGUCGGACGCGGCGAAAACGCGGCCGCGAUCCUUUUGGAAUCACUUCUCCGGCAUACCAAAGUUAAAAAGUCGUCGCGUAGGCGUCGUAGUUUACGUCGUUUUUCUUUUCUUUUUUUUUUUUCUUGUUUUUUUCUAUACAAUCUCGCCGCCGCCGGUCCUGGUAACUGGGAGACAUGGUCACGACCGCGCGUAGCAGUACUCGUAGAAAACGAUUAUUAUCUUUACGCGCAUACCUACACAGUAUUAGCGCAGAGAAAUAACAAUGUCGUCGGUUUGUCGCUUUGGACGAUUAAUGUAGCAUAUAGUGUGGCCAGGGGUGGGUAAUCCCAACCGAGUUAUUAUGACGAUAUUCGUUAACCAAAGGCGUGCCCGGGAUCAACAAUUUGGUCCUCCGGUUAUGCGUUUAAUGUGUACCAUGCGCAUUGUGUUUUUUCUAACGGGCAUUUUUAAUUUUUUUUUUUUUUUUUUCAAACACAAAUUGAUGUUUAUUAUUUAUUUAGUUACGUAGUAAACGGAUUUUUUCUUUUUUCACAAUUCAGCGAACUCGUCAAUAAUCUCUAUAGGAUUUUAAAUUGCAAAACUCCCUUUGGACGUCACUCGAUACGCGGUGAACUGCGAAAGAAAAAGAAAAAAGAUAUUAUUUUCCACUUUUUCGCUUUAUCGUAUUAACAAAUUACGUUUCUUUGAAAAUUAAAUUAUAAUGUAAAAAAAAAAAAAACUAAUUCAGUUGUUACUAUUUAAGGAUUCAAAUCCAACUGGUAAGGUUUCAACUGGCCACGCGUGGUUUUAUUUAUACCUACAUUUUUCGUCAUUCUAGUCCGUUUUAAUAUGAUACACAUAUUAUAAUCAGUAUUCUACUUAAAAUAUUCCAGUUGCCGAGCACCAACAUAAUUACGCUUUAAUAAGUGGACGCCACACUCCCAUCUGUACCGUAUCCGUCUUACAAACGCACGGCAAAGCAAACUUAUGUUCAGUAUAGAACACAUGUUGUGCCGCUAGUUUUUAUAUUAAAGUGAACUGACUUAUUGCCGAAAAAAAGUCAAGUGCCCGGUGGUUUUGGUUUUAUUUAAAUUGUGAUGUUUCACAUGUUAUGCUCGUACAUUUUCCUCGUAAAUUACAAAUUAAUAUCGAAAAAACACCGUCGUAUAGAGGCACAGAUAAUGUUCUCACCUUUAAUUAUGAUAUGAUAGCCGAUGUGUAAAAAUUCACUUUAAUAUUUUAUAACUUUGGCACAACAUUUGUUUUUUCGCGCUAUUGUAAGACGGAGACAAUAUAGAUGCAGGUGCAACGUCCUUUUAAUAAUAAAUAAUUUACCCCGUAAGUAGGUUAGGUUAGGUUCAAAAUAUUGUCGUUAUAGUUAUACAAUAAUAUUGUAAUAUGGGUGAGGUUCGCAGUUUAUAAAUAAUACAGUUAUUACAAUAAUUUGACGAAUAUACGACUUUACUUUAUUCAACCAUAAUAUAAAUCCUCAAUAUACCAUAUUAUAUGUAUGGAAAAACAAUCCGUUCAUAAAUUCCCAUUCAAGUACCAAUUUGUUUUUGUAUUAUUCAUAUAUAUAUAUAUAUAUAUAUAUUAUAUAUAAAUAUAAAAAUAUAAUAUAUAUCAAGGAUGGGCAACUGGCUUAUAUUUUUUAUCUGGCCCGUGAUACAAUUUCAAAUGACUUUAUAACAUUUUAGCGUUUAUUUGUUUUCUAUUACGUUGAUCAUAAAUACAUUUUCAAAAAUCGUCUUCAAAUAAAUUUAUUUAAUAAUCUUAUAGCAGUCAUAAUUGAAAAGCAAGAUGUUUCACUUCAAUUCUAAUUAUGUGAAUUGCAAACAGAUCCAUUUUUAUCAGAUCUACAUAAGAGAUUGGUACGUCAGUUUGGAAAACAUAACCAGUUGAAACAUAUCAAAUUAAAGGAAAAAAAUCGCCUUACAGAUGAAACAUUAAGUCAUCUAUUACGUGUUUUCACUUCUAAAAUAAAAGUUGAUUUUACUGAAUUGUCAUCUACACAAACUAAAAUUUCACAUUAAACAAGUUAUAAAAAUUAUACAAAAUAAAUUCUAAUUGUAAAUUUGAAUGACUUUUUUUUUUGCUUUCUUUGCUCUAGUCCGCUAGAUUUUUAUGUUCUGAAAAUUGGCCAUUUAGUAACUUUGAGUUGCACAUCACUGAUAUAUAUUAUCUUUAAUAUAUAUAGUUAGAGACAUGAGAAACGUUAUUUAGAAACUGGAACUCGAAUAAAAAUACUAUUCACUCGUAUUAUAUUUCGUAUGCACAAAAUAUAUAUAACUGUAUAUAAUAGUGUCUGAUAUAUGGUACACGAAUUUGUGUGAAUUUAUAAUAAUAAAUCAUACAGUUUAUCGCCUUGGAUUACAGCGAAAUUUUGACAGAUACAUCACGCGGAGAUGAAGAGGAGUACAUUAAACUAGAAAUAAAUGAAUUAUUAAUUCAUCAAAGUAGAUUGUAAAAAUGAAUUCAGAACAAAAAACUAUUCAGUGUAUAUAACUGUAUAUUAUUAUAAAAGGAUACACUCUGAUUAUUUUAUACUUUUUAACGAAUGCAUUUUUGAAUUAAUUUUACUUAGUAUACUUUAACGAAAAUCAUAUUUAUGUAUGUAUGUAUGUAUGUAUGUAUAUAGAUAUGCAUGUAUCGUAUUUGAACAGUUUCAAAAUAAUAUGUACAAAUGACUAAAUAGUAAACACUAUAAUAUAUUAUAUUUGUUCUUGAUUGGAGUUCAACGUUAUUAACAAAUAGCCAUUAUUAUAAUUUACAAUGUGUAAUAUACAUAUUAUACAUUAUCAAUAGGUCAAACGAACGAGAAUUAUACUGUUAUUAUUUGUCGUGUUAAUUAUUGUAAUUAUUUAAUACAUUUUUUAAAAAAUUCCGCUGACUAUACAUAUAAUAUUCUCGUAAUAAGGAUAAAUUUAUCUUAAAAUAUGUAUUUAUCUAAUAACUGAACUACAUAAUAUAUAAUAUCAAAUUUCGCUAAAGUUUAACUUUAAUAUAUAAUUCAUCUACAUUUUUUUUUUUCACUUUUCAUUACCUAAUUUCGAACUAAGUGUAGGUAUUGGUUAUUAUAUAAAAAAGUAUUGUAACAUUUUCGACGUUUCAACCAUAUGGUUAAUGUUGGUAAGUUACUCGAGUUACGAUAUAGAAUUUAUAGGCAAAUUAAUUUUGCGAUGGGAUACAAUAUUUCUAUAUGUAUAGCGUGCGUAACACACAUGCAAUAAUAAUUAUUAUACAUGCACAUGAUUUCUAUAAUGUACAAUUCCUUAUUUAGCUAAAUUUUGUUUAAUUGUAGUUCAGUGAUAAACCGUUUGUACCUAAUAAUAUUGUGUGUGAUGAAGGGGUUUUUGUUUACUAUCAUUAUAUAUAUAUACAUAUAUAUUUUUUUUCACGAAAUCCUUGAUUCCUUCUCGUGUAGCAUUAACAGAUGGCCUCAUGUGUGUAUCAAUCGAUGAUUCAUCAUUGUUUUUUCUAUAUAUGGCCGUGUCGCUUUAUUAAAUAAGAUACCGUAUAUGGCCAAUGUGGGUCGAUCAGUACUAUCGCCCGUUUGCUCAGACAUCUCACCAUUACGUACCACGUAUAAUGUGCUCGCGUAUAUAGGUCAGCGAUUUGUCCGGGCCAAACACCCGCCAGGAUAAAAUCACGGGAGGCGAUUAUUAUUAUACAUUUUUUUUUUUAAUUAUAUAUUUUUAUUUCUCGUUCCAAAGUUUAAAUAAAAUGUUAUCCAUAUUUACGCGGAACACACUGUAACAUAUCGAUAUAAUAUUGCGAAACAUUAUAAUGUAUCAUAUAUUUUAUUGAAGCGAAAAAUCAAUAAAAUAUACCUACCAAAAUGUUUGGUUUAAACUAUAUUGUAUAGUGUAGAUAUUUCCAUUUUCCAUUACAACAUUCGAUAAUAAUUUGAAAAAUAAAAAUGAAAUUCAAAUUAACACUUAGUAAUAAAUGCUUGUUAACAUUAUAUAUAUAUAUUGUAUAUAUAUUACAAUACUGUAGCUUUUGAUAAUAAUUUUAACCUACAAACAAGUACUCCUACCUACCCUAGUACCCUAAAUGUAUUAUUUAACCGUUUAAUAAAAUUUAUUCAAUAUGAAUAUAUAUAUAUAUAUAUAUAGAAAUAUUAAAUUGAGAAUUUAAACCAACCAUUAUAUUUCUGAUAAACUAUAAUCACUUAUCAGUUUGUGUACCCAACUUUGUAUUUGCAUACGAUUUUGGCAAUCCAUAUCAGUGUAGACAAAUAAUAAUGAAAAACUAUAAUAGUGUUGCAAUAUUAAAUAGUAUAUUAUUCAAAUGUUUUGAAUUAUCUCUCAAACGUUUAUUAUUACAUUGUAAACUUACUCAUGAUUCCGCAUAUACAUUUCCAUAGCUAUAUUACGUGCCUGCUUCUUGACUACUAGAAAUUAAAAAAAAAAUAAUAAUAAAUAAACAGUAGAAACGAGUGUUUUAUUGGCUGAUUUUAGCGAUGACAUCAGCGCCUAAUUAUUCCACGUUCAGCACAUUCUCGAGAAAUGUAUUGAGGACUUGAAUAUAAAGUGUUAUCCAUUAGUUACUUAUGAGUCAAAAGAAACGCGUAUGCAAAAAAAAAAAAUUCAAUAUCGAUGUGCUUAGUAAUGACUUAACUCAUAAGUAUAAUAAAAGAGUAUAUAUGUAUAUAUUUAAAAUAAUAAAUGUUUAUUAAACUUAUUUGUGAUAAACAAUUUUUUUUCAUUAUCUAGUCCUACUUUUAAUCUGUAAUAUAAUUAAAAUAAAAUCAUGAAUAAUAUAAUAUAGUACAGUCUAAAAUGUUAACUUGUUUGCUUUUAUGUAUAAAUAUACAUAGGUAAUAGAGUAUCCAAGGGGAGGGCUAAAGGGGUAUUAGCCCCCCUCCAUGGGUCCGGUAAAAUACAAAAAUAUAUUUACCUAUAAAUAGAUCAACUAUUCAGCAUUGCCAAUAAAAUUAUAUAAUAUAAUAUUUGCACUACUUAUUAAAAUAAUUAUGUAUUUUAUAGACAUUUUUUUUAGUCCCCUUCCCCAUUAAAAAAUUCUGUAGAUAAAUAUAUAAACUUUUUAGUUAUAGUUUAAACUUGUAAUGUAAAUCAAUUAAUUGUAAUUAAUUUAAGGCCAAGUUCGUUGAAACAUUGUAAUAGUCUUACUCUUGUAAAUUAUUAUUGAAAUCUAAAAAAAAAAAACACGUUUAUCUACUGCAUACAGUGUGAGAACAAUGAAAACAAUCAUAAAAGUCAUUCAAAAUAUGCUAUUGAUCUUGUCCAAUGCCUCAAAAUAACCUUUAAACUAUUUAUUUAAUUUUAGAUAAACAGCAAGUAUAGUGAAGAGCUAGCCCAAGAAUGUUUAGAGUGGGUGAGCAGCGUUACUGGUUUGCCAUUGAACACAUCUGGCGACCCAGACAACUUUUUCGAAGUCCUUAAGGACGGACAAGUGCUAUGCCAGUGAGUCAUAUCUACAUAACAAAUGAAGCAUUACUUUCGAAUAUAACAUAAGUCCUUGAAAUGUUCAUAAAUAUCCCGUCACAUUCAUAUUGUUUUAUUUACAUUAUACUACAAUUAUUAUUAAUAUAUUAGGUAUACAAAUCAAUUUAUCCAUUCAAGUGUAAAAUAUUAUUUUAUAAUAUUCCAAAAUCUAAUUAAAUGACUAUAAAUUCCUCGUUAAUUUAAUUUCUUAUUUAUUGAAAUACAUUUUUUUCACAAACAUACCUAGUAUUUUUAAUUUAAAAAAUAAAUGAUGUACCUAUUUAUUAAUUUAUAGAUAAGUUAGUUAUUUUUAUUAUAUUUUAAUCUUUGGAGCACUUAACUACGCACAUUUUUUUUAAUACUUAUUUUAUUUAAUUACAUUAUUAUUUCCGGUGCCUAGAUUGGUGAACACUUUAAUUCCUGGAUCCGUUAAGAAAGUGAACACCAGCGCAAUGGCUUUUAAAUGUAUGGAAAACAUCAAUAAUUUCUUGGCUGUGGCAGUAUCUAUAGGUGUGCCUUCCCAAGAAACAUUUCAAUCUGUCGAUUUGUGGGAACGUCAGAAUUUGAACUCUGUGGUGAUUUGCUUGCAGUCACUAGGCAGAAAGGUAAAGCUUAAAAAAAAUAAUAAGUAUUAAAGUAUUGCUGAAACAAAAAUGUAUCAUAUGUUAGGCUGGUCAAUUCGGAGCUCCGAGUAUUGGCCCAAAAGAAGCAGAAAAGAACAUUCGUAACUUCAGCGAAGACAAGCUUAAAGCUGGCCAAACCAUUAUCAGUCUGCAAUAUGGAUCCAAUAAGGGAGCAAACCAAAGUGGUCUCAACUUUGGAAACACUAGACAUAUGUAAAAACUUCUCUAUCUUUUACACGUUCCAUGCCCAAAUUUUUAGACACAACUAAUGCAAACCAAUUUGCCAAACCUCCAGAUUUUAUAUGAAACUAGUACAUACAUUCCAACAUUAUAUUAUACAAUUCCUGUAACAAAACAUUCCACAAUACCAGUAUUAUUACGUGCAUUUUUAUCUAUUGAGUUUUACUUUUAUACAUAGUUUUCAUUUUUGGGCAUAAGUUCUUCUGUGUCUGCGGUUUUCAACUCAUUAGAGAUAAAAAAAAUUUCCCCAUUUUUAAUAUAAUGAUGUGGGGUUUGCAUUUAUUGAAUGAUUAUUAAAUUAUAUAAAUUAUUAACACAUUCAUUUUUAUUUUAUUAUAUUUUUUUUUGGUACAUAGUUGAAGUAUUUAUUAUGUUUAAUAUCUCUCCAUGUAAGGUUUAUGCAUUCGAUAGGACAUUUUUUUUAAUAAUCGAAUGAUCUAUAUAUUAUAUAAUAAGUUAUUAAAUUAACAUUGAAUAAAAAAUUAUUUAUUUAAA